AUGAUUUUCACAAAUCAAAGAAUAUAAAUUAAGUUCCCAUAACUAUUCCUUUUUUAAUUUAUCAAUUAGAUAUUAUUGAUUCUUCCACUCUUAUAUAAAAAUUUAUUAGAGUUAAGAAAAUAAAUAAAAUUUUCUAAUUGGUUUAUAAUGAGUAUAGGUUUAAGAAUGAUUGAAAUAUUAGAAUAAUUACAUAAUAAAAAUAUUUUACAUUUGGAUAUAAAACCAGAAAAUAUAAUGAUUUGUUAAGAAUUUAAAAAUGAAUAGGAUAUUUUAAAAUAUGGAUUUAUUUAAUUAAUUGAUUUUGGUUUAUCAUAACAAUAUUAAGAAAAUUCAGAAUCAUUAUAAGAUAUAUUUAUAGGUUCAUUUAAUUUUGCAAGUAGAUCAUCUCAUUAUGGUCAACCACUUGGAUUUAAAGAUGAUUUAGAAAGUUUAUUAUAUGUAUUACUUUAUUUAAAAGAUUCAAUCUCAAAAUAAAAUACUUCCCUCGAGAUCACAGAGGAGAAAUUAGAAGAUAGAGAAUCUUUUUACUUCAAAUUUGAUUGGAAAAUAUAUGAUACAUUAAGUUAAGACAAAAAAAGAUUUUUAUUUUUAAAAGAUAGCUUUAUCUAAUUAUAAUCAUUAAUUUAUCUUAAAAAACUUUUAAUAUUUAUAAUCUUUUUUCCAAAUGAUCCACAGUCAUUUUAUUUAAAUUGCUAUAUUUUUCUAAAUUUUUGA